AUGGAUUUUACAAAGUCUUUCUUACCCAUACUAUUUUUAAUUUGUAUAGUACCAUUACAACCAUAUUGCAAUGCAAAACAAAGAGAUUUUUUCUUUCGAGAGUUCGUUCAGAAGUCAUUUUCUACAUCUUCUCGGUAUAAUAUAUUUGUAAAUGACAUUACAUUAUGCCCAUCGCUAACACCUCGCACAUCUCCUCCGGCAAACGUACAUGAUUUACGCCCAGAUGAUAUUAAGGUGAUCAUGGCACUAGGUGAUAGUAUCACUGCAGGAUUUCAAGCAGAUGCAAUUUGCGAUGGAAAUAAUAAUACUGCUAAUAAAUUAUAUGAGUUUCGUGGUGUUAGUUAUGCUAUGGGUGGAGAUACUGGUGCU